AUCACUUUCAAUCAUUUUCAUUCACAACUCAUCUCUUCUCCUACUCUCUCUACUUAAUUCUUUAAUUACGCAAUUAUUCUCUUAAUUACAUAAUUAGUCUUCUAAUUAUUUCUUAAUUUAGUUAGUUACAUAAUUAAUCAUUUAUUUAUUUCUUAAUUCUAUAUUUCUAUUUUUACUUCUAUACUAUCAAUCAUGUCUUCAUUUUUGAAAAAAGCCACAAAAAAAGUUACUAAAGUGGCAAAAUCAUUAGGAGGUUCCAGUUCCUCCAAAAGAAAGGCCACUUCUACUCCGUCGGUAUCAACAACACCCUCCAUUAGUAAUUAUAAUUAUGAACCUAAUUAUCCGGAAGGGUACGACCCGGAGUUACAUCAAUAUGCAGAAGAAGUGGAAAAAGAUAUACAAAUUGAAGAAGAAGAAGAACAAGAAGAAGAACCAACGACCCCAAUUGGGGUACAUAUAUCUCGACAGUCAUCAACAAGAUCAGAUGAAGAACAAGGAGAACAACAACAACAAAGACAAGCUCGUGGUAAACGAGUCAAUUUCCAAACUAUCGAUGAAGAUGAACCAGUAAGACAACCUUUUCCGGCAAUGCCACCUUCUAGUGGUAGAGCUGUUUCACAUGUGUGGUCGUAUUUCACAAAAGAACCAACCGAGAAUCCAGAUAUGUUCCUAUGCACUUGUCAAAUUUGUGAAAGUCAAGGAGUAAAGCCCUUAGUUUCAUACAAUUCCCGCGUCCACUAUUGCGUCGGAGUCUGCUUUUAGUGCAGGUAGAAGAGUUCUGGAUGAAAAGCGAUCUCGUCUUGCUCCACAUAGUAUUCAAAUAUGUGUUUGCAAGAAAGAUUGGGACCAAGCGGAGAUACGAACACAAGGACUAAGGAACGAUGAUGAUCAAGACGACGAUGAUGAUCCAUGGAUGAUGAUGGAUACAACUUCAUCAUCGUCAGGAGGAGAGUCAGCGGAAGCAUCUAAUCAAUAUCAACCACAUGAUGAUGACGAAGACGAAUAGGAUCAAUCCGACAAGCGACAACGAUGAAUCAACACUCAACAACUAUAAAUAAAAGGUAUGACAAAGAACUACGUGGGCUUUGAUUCCUUCGGGAUACGUAGGCAGCUUAGUAUUCAUUUGG